CAAAACCAAAUUUCGUUCAGUUUAGUUUAAAAUCGUAAAAUCCUCUUUUUAGCCGUAAUUAAAGGAUAACAGUUGGUUCUAGCUGCAGAAUUUUCUUUAGAAUAUUUUUCUUAAAAUUAAUACAUUCUCGGUUUCUUUAAAUUCCUAUUAUUUUGUGACUUAAAUUUGUGAUAAUUUAAAUUUCAAAAAUUUAUCAAAAUAAAUUCAAAAAUCCUUAAAGUAAAUGAAAUAAAUUGCAUAUCGUGAACUAUAACAGAAGAUAUUCCUAAAAACAUUUUGCAGUCGACGACUUUACCUUGUUUAUAUCAAGUCGACGAUUUAAACUCGAGAGAGAGAAAAAAAUAAAAUUUUCUAUUCAUUAUUAUUUCGGAUAUUCAGCUAAACUGUUGUGUUGUGUAUUUAUUGUGCAUCUCUAAGUUAAUUUGGAAGCUAAAGUAAUAGAAUAUUCAAUUGUUAUAUUUGCAAAAAUAAGAAAAUAAUUAAAGAAUCUUAAAAAUUAUACAAAAAAAAGUUUCAAAUUAAAAGAACAAUUCCUAGUGAAUUUAAAAACGAGCUACAAAAAAAGAGCCGAUACAGUUAGCAAGUCAAUAAAACCAGUUUAUCGCAAAUGGAAUAGAUUGAGAUCAGCCUGAGUCACUCAAGCAACAAAGUAGAAAAUUCAAUUGACAGCAAUGGAGCCAAUAGGCGAAGCAUCAAUUUUGAUGCCAAUGAUGCCGAGGGAUUUAUCGUCAGAUAGUUUACGAUACAACGAAGACGGCUAUUUCCGUAGUAUACAUGACGAAGAGACACCACGAAAAGAAAAGUCAUCGAAAAAUAUCAACUACAUUAGUAUCAACGAAAAGAGUCCGAAUUCAAGUCCAAAGGAUGAUAAAGUCACGAAUAGUGCGAAAAAGUCAUCGAAGAUAAAAAUUAAGAAGAAAAAUUCGAUUGGAUCGAUGAACCCAGUGGAAUUACAGCCUACAAUUGUUGGUUAUAAUAAUCAAUGCUUAGCAGUUCCAAUACCUAAUAAUAAUAAAUCACAUAGCUUGCCACCAAAUUCCUCAAUACAAGAUCUCGACGACAUUGUCAUGAGUGCAUUGCGUAUCCCACCGGAGGAACUAGCACAACAAAUAACUCUUCUUGAUCUAACGACUUUCCAGCAAAUUAAGAUGGAUGAGUUAACGAGUUGUGCAUGGACGAAGAAGAAUAAAGGAAUUAUAACACCAAAUAUCGUCGCAUUUACAAGACGUUUUAAUCACACGAGCUUCUGGACAGUUCAAGAAAUUCUCAACGGGGGAAAUGCGAAAGAACGUGCUGAAAUUGUAACACAUUUUAUUAAGCUAGGCAAGCGACUAUUGGAACUGAAUAAUUUACAUUCAUUAUUUGCUGUGACGUCCGCAUUGAAAUCAGCGAGUGUUCAUCGUCUUGAAAAGACUUGGUCACAUGUUUCGAAGAAGGAUCGACAAGCGUUUGAGAAGCUUGCUGACAUUUAUAAAGAAGACAAUAAUUGGGCAAAUUUACGUGAGAUUUGUGAUAAACUGAAGCUUCCCUGCAUUCCAUACUUGGGCGUUUAUUUGACUGACUUAAUUUACAUCGAUCUCGCGCAUCCUCUUAGAGGCGGUGGCAUCGAACCUGAACAACGUGAAAUUAAAAUGAAUAAUAUAUUGAGAGUGAUUUCAAUUUAUCAAAAUUCUGAUUAUUCUCACAUACUCGUCGUUGAGAGAACGAGGAAAUAUUUACAGUCUGUACGCUAUAUUGAGGAGCUGCAAAAUAUUUUUGAAGAUGAACAGUACAAAAAAUCCCUCAAACUCGAGCCUCCUGCAAAGAAUCAAGCAAAACCAGACGCUUCCACAUCGUCAAUGAAUCAAGGUGCCAAUAACUUUUGCAAUCUAGAAUCAGGAAUAGCUUCCUUAAACGUCUCGCCAGCAAAAUCAAGCUCAAUGCGCUUAAAUGUUGGACCAUCAACGAAAUUUUCACUUGGACAUCGGAAAACGCAAAGUCUAGGAUCAAACAUUUUCCAUAAGAUCAGCAACCAAAUUACACUACAACGAAACGAGUCAUUCAACCACUCGAGAAACUUCAAUUUAAUUGAUGACUCAGUACUUGAGGAUACGACAAGUAUCCAUCAUAAUUCUCUUCAUUUGCCGCUACAAAGUGAUACGAUAUCGACUGGAAGUUCCGAUGAUAUUAUAGCAUAUGACGAGAGUGAAAGUUCAAUAAUUAAUAAUAUUGAUUCGCCAUUGGAUUGCGCGAGUUUCCAGGGGUGUGUAAGACGUAAGACUGUAUUGAAAGAUUUUCGUAAGCCAACAGUUUCUUCAUGGCAGCGAUAUUGGCUACAAAUAUGGGCUAAUAGUCUUGUGUACUUCCCUCCCAAGUCAUUUAAAGGACUAACCCAACAAAUGUUUUUCAGGAGUGAACGUUCAGACUUUAAGCGUGAACCAUGUAAAGUUGUCUCUCUAGUUGAAGGAUGGACAGUGGAGCUGACUGACAACUCAUCGCAGACAAACACUUUUCAGCUAAUGAACUCAAGCAUCGGGACUGUCUACAAGUUUCGAUGUAGCUCACAUGACCUAACGAUUGCAUGGUUGAAGGCAUUGCAGAAAGUAACAAGGCCAUAUGUUGAAAAAUUGCCAACGAAUCUCAUGACUUUUGAAUAAAUUGAUGACCAAAAAAAAAUAAUAAAUACACACUUUACUUAUGAUAUUUAGAAUGGAUAUAUUUAAUGUAAUAAUGAUAGUGAGGAAUCAACUACAAUUUAUGUGUAGAUGGAAACAGAACUAGCCUUUAAUAAUAUUUUAUCUGGGAGUUGGGAGGCUGUUGGUUGCUGAUAAAGUGGCUAGGUUUUAAGUACUAAAUUAAGGUCUGAAUUUUAGUGCGAGUACUGAAACUCUCUUUUAGAAAAGUUCUUUUAUGAUUCUCA